UAAUUAGUUUUUUUAAUUAGUUUAAUUAGUUUAACUUCAUUUUUAAAGUCAUCCAAGCUUGUUUUAAGUCAGUUUAAUAAAUAUAAGUUAAAACAGGCUAAUUUAAUUUGCCUGAAGAAAAAAAUGUAACAUUGUAUAAAUAUUAUCACAUUGAGUUAGCAUUAUCUGUUAGCCGAGCAUGCACUGGUAGUCAAGUCAGUCUGUCGUGAGAUCUCCCUUAAUCUCUUUAGUCUGGCAGGAACAUCAAGAGUUUUAAUUAGCUGAGAGCUCUUUCUAAAUGUGGACCCAGAGCCAAAUAUACACUAUACAAACAGAGCAAGAAUAUCUCCAGAAUAGCCUAGAAAUUAUCAGUAUUAAAGUACAUUUUGACUGUGAGCCAAUCAAAUAGUAGACAAUAAAAUAAAUAGAAGUAAUAUAAAUAUAAGGAAACAUCACAUUACACACCUUCAACUGUGCAAAUUUAGAGCAGGACCACGAUUGGUUGACUGUGCGAGAAGGCUUCUGAUUGGUCAAUAAACAAGGGAAAUGGGCUGUUCCUGCGAGGGAAUUAAUCGAGCUUCGAGAAUUAAUUGAAGCAGCUUGGAGUUCACACAUCGGCAGCAACAGGAUAAGGAGAGUCAAAGGAUUAAUCUGGAUGGGAUCGCCAUGUUCAGCACCUUAAAAACGAUUUUUUGGCCCAGAGCUGCAGUAGCGGUCGCACAGAGCCCUGGACCACCAGCUUCAACAACAACAACACCUCCGGUAAAGCAGGAGGAAAAGCCAGAGCCAAAAAAAGAUGAAGAAAAGAAAGAAGAGAAAAAAGAAGAGCAAAAGCCCACUGAAACUGCUCCAGCGUCUGCACCAGCUCCUGCUCCAGGAUCUGCACCAGCUCCUGCCCCAGCGUCUGCACCAGCUCCUGCUCCAGCGUCUGCACCAGCUCCUGCUCCAGCGUCUGCACCAGCUCCUGCUCCAGCAUCUGCACCAGCUCCGGCUCCAGCAUCUGCACCAGCUCCGGCUCCUGCCCCAGCAUCUGCACCAGCUCCAGCAUCUGCACCAGCUCCAGACCCUCCUAAACCAGCAGAUCCAGCCAAUCCUGGAGCAGAAACUGCUGGUGAAGAUGGACCCCCUUCACCUCCAACUCCACCAGUCGUCUACUACAGAUACACUGACGACCAACUGCGGGACAUCGUCAAGAAAAUGCGGGAGAGGACAGAGCUUUAUAAAGAGAAAAUCGUCGACCCGUACGCCUCGUCCCCAGAGCGCACACCACCCGUCACACCAGUUUACCGAAAGGAAGACUGGAUCAGAAAACAAGAAGAGGAAAGAAUAAAACGAGAAGAGGCUGAGCAGAAGAAAAAAGAGGAUGACGCCAAGAGAGCUGCAGCGAAGAAGGAAAAGGAGGAGAAAGAAAAGAAGGAGAAAGAGGAAAAACUGAAAGCAGAGAAAGAGGCAGCUGAUAAAGAGGCAGCUGAGGCCAUGUUUCCUAAAAUCAAAUGCACAUGUAUAGACACCCUUCUUAAACCAUUUGAAGACAAAAUGGACUCGUAUUUGGGUGCAACUAUUGACCCUUUUACAGAUCGGAGGUAUAUUAAAUGGCUGAGCGUCGUCACAGUUGCGUUUAACUAUAAUGUUUGGUUGGCCACGGCACGCUUGUGUUUUCCCUACCACACUCCUGCCACCAUUCCCUUCUGGAUCCUAUUCGAUUUACUGGCAGACCUGGUGAACGUCAUCGACAUCACUAUGUUUCAGCCGCGGCUUCAGUUUGUGAAAGCAGGAGACAUUAUAAAAGACAGAGUACAGACAAAACAGAACUACAGAGAAUCUGCCAGAUUCCAGACAGACCUGAUAAGCAUCAUACCGUUUGACUUGCUGUGUUUCCAGUUUGGAUUUACAUCAUUCUUUAGGCUAAACCGAUUUAUGCGGUAUCAAUCAUUUUUUGAGUUCAGUGAUCGUCUGGAAAGCAUCAUGGCUAAGGCGUAUAUCUGGAGAGUUGGCCGCACUACUGGAUAUCUGCUCUACUGUCUUCAUAUCAACUCCUGCCUCUAUUAUGUGGCAUCAGAAUAUGAGGGUCUGGGCAGCAGUAGGUGGACAUAUGAUGGACUAGGAAAUGCAUAUCUGCGCUGUUAUUACUUCGCCACUCGUACCCUGAUCACUAUCGGAGGUCUGCCGGAGCCCCAUACGCUCUUCGAGAUCGUCUUCCAGCUUGUCAACUUCUUUACUGGAGUCUUUGUCUUCUCCAGCCUGAUUGGACAGAUGCGAGACGUCAUUGGAGCAGCUACGGCAGGUCAAACGUACUUCAGAGCAUCUAUGGAUUCUUGCGUGGCGUAUAUGAACACCUACACCAUUCCCAAACUGGUCCAGAGCAGAGUUCGCACCUGGUAUAACUACACCUGGGACUCCCAGGGCAUGCUGGAUGAAUCGGAGUUAUUAGACAAGAUGCCGCUGGUGAUGAGAACAGCAAUCGCUGUGGAUAUCAACCUCGCUACUUUCCAGAAGAUUGACCUUUUCAAGGGUUGUGACAACCAGAUGCUUGUGGACAUGUUACUGCGUCUGAAAUCUAUUGUGUACCUGCCUGGAGACUUUGUGUGCAAGAAGGGAGACAUUGGGAGAGAAAUGUACAUCAUCAAGGCUGGAGAAGUGCAGGUCAUCGGUGGACCGGAUAACAAGAUUGUGUUUGUGACUCUGAAAGCAGGCUGUGUGUUCGGGGAGAUCAGUCUCUUACAGUCGGCAAAAGAUGGCGGAAACAGAAGAACAGCAAACGUUGCUGCUCAUGGAUUUGCCAACCUCUUCGUGCUGGAUAAGAAAGAUCUUAAUGACAUCCUGAUCCAUUACCCAGAGUCUCAAAAAGUCCUGGCCAAGAAAGGACGGAAACUGAUGAAGGCCAAAGGCAAAGCUGCUCCUACAAAGGAUGAAGGAGAGAAGAAGAAGGGAUUGGCUUUGUUUGGACCCAAACCUCCCACUCCCAAAAUGUUGCGUGCUUUUGGAGGAUUCGGGAAAGGAGGUUUGCUGGACAAGCUGAAGGCUCAAGCAGCGGAAAAAAAGAAUUAAGAGAUCUAUCAGUCCAUUCAUCUGCCAGUCCAUCCAUCCACCAUUACAUAAUCCAUCAAUUGCUCUAUCUAUAUAUCCAUACAUC